CACAGGCUCAAUCGCGUGCCAAGAUAGUUCUAAGGAGCGUUGUUUGUUUUCGUCAAAACAGUCAUGCCACCCAACGAGCCAGAACCCAUUCUUGAAGAUGCAGCUCCAGCUUCUUCUUCAGCUUCUGCCGCUGUCUCUGAGUCAGCUCCUGCUCCAAAGGAAGCUCCAGUAUCUACCCCCGCCCCAGAAGAUCCUCCAGUAUCCCCAGAAGAAGCUGCAGUAUCUGCCCCCAUCCCAGAAGAAGCCCCAGCAUCUGACCCUACACCCGAAUCUGUCACUGUUGAAGAGACUCUGGUUGUCCCUGAUCCAGCUCCUACCACAGCUACUGAUCCUGCUCCUGAAGCUCCGGUCCCUCCUCCUGCCUCUCCUGCACCAGCCCCAGAGGCUCCAGCCUCAGACGCUGCCCCUGCUCCGGCCCCUGAAGCCCCAGCCCCUCCGGCAGCUGCCCCGGACACUCCUGCACCUGCCCCAGCCGUAGCUGUUGGGAAAGGUCCCGCUGCUCCCACCAAAGCCCCGCCACAGCCAAAAACACCUGGAAAAGGACCUGCCGCUCCUACCAAAGCUCCACCCAAAGGACCUGCAAGCUCAGCCAAGGUCCCCUCUAAAGCAACAUCUCCUGCUCCUCCUAAAGCUGCAUCUCCUGCUCCUCCUAAAGCAGUAUCUCCUGCUCCUCCUAAAGCAGCAUCUCCUGCUCCUCCUAAAGCAGUAUCUCCUGCUCCUCCUAAAGCAGCAUCUCCUGCUCCCCCUACCACUCCAGCUCCUGCAGCUGAGACUGCCUCUGCUGCCUCUGCCUCUGCCCCAGAUCCGGAGCCAGCAAAGGAACCUAAAGUUGUUCCUAAGAGGGUCAUAGUACAGGGGCAGUGCUGGUGA